UCGAUUCGGCCACGCCCCUUUCCUUGGCCACGCCCACUGUCGGGCAGAGCCGAUUGGGAAGGGCGCUAUGGCUGAAGGUGCAAUUCAAUUCACCGAAUCCAGCACGGACGGCGAAAGCUCCGGCGGCUGUUCGCGGCCUCGCCGGUGGCGCCAGCUGAGGAAGAGAAGGCGGCGGCGGUUCAAGGACCCUCUGGAGAUAAUUGACCUGACUGGCGAGGACUCCUUUGCUGGGGUCAUUGAUCUGACAGAGGCUGAAGAAACCAUCACCAGUCCUCUUCAGAAUGGUGGCUGUAUUACUGAGGACCUAAAGCACUCGACUCCAGUUUAUGCCCAAACCCUGUGCUAUCCUGAAAUAUUCACCCCUGCAGAUGCUGAGAUCAAAAUGGAUGUGACAGUUGGCAUGUACGACAGAGACUGUAAAUCACCUUGCUCUAAAAAAAGAGCAAUGAAGGGAUUCUAUAUUCAAAGCAAUGGUUUCUCCCUCACCAAGAACUAUCGUGCGGACUCUGAAAGCAGCAGUCAUACAGCUUAUAACAGUGAUUUGGGCUCUUUGGGAAGUCCCCAGCUGGACUCUGACAUCUUCUCCUCAGCUAAUGAAGGGAGUGAAUACCAAGCAGUGUUGGACUAUGUGGAGGAGGGUCUCAAUCCUUGCCCACCUGAAGGACAUCUCAACCCCAAGCUCUCACUGCCACUUCAGAAACCCUCCUCAAGCCCCAUUCAGCCUUUGCGGGAAGUGAAUAACUUGGUGCCAAGUGCUGCAAAAUUAGACUUUCAGGAACCCCCUAAUCAGAUGGACAUCAAGGCCUGGUUGAAGACAUUGCAGUAUUUCCAAGGUGUGCCUGUACAUCACCCCUUUCUCCAAAACGUGGUGCAGGAAAUGAGACAGAACAGGCAGUUGAAUGUGCAGCCUAUCCCACACCGGAGACUGAGUACUGUGCUUAGCACUAUUGAGGAGAGCUUCUUCCAGGGAACCUUGGACUUCCUUAUGGAUUAUGUGUCCUCCCAGCACUACCCACCAAAGGAGAUCAUCACCUCUGUGGUCAAGGACAUUCUCCUGAGUCGAGAGCAAGACAAUGUGCAACAAGAGAUGCAGAGGGAUGCUUACCUGUUGCUGAUGAAAAUCCAGGCACUUCACCCAGCAAAUGCUGACACCGUGGUGUGGGACUGGAAGCUGCUGCGUAUGGUCAUGGAGGAGGAAGAGGAAAACAAGUUUCCUGGAGAACCUCUCUUUUUGCAAUAUGUGAUUCAAACCCUAGAAGAUGACUUCGAGAAGAUGGCCAAGCAAAGCCUUCUGAAGAAAUCCAUUGCCAAGACAACACUUUCUUGUGACUGCUGCUUCAGCAAUGUCAGGGAAGUGAUUGAAUGGAUCAUAGCUGCCAUCACUGGAGUCAGGUCUUCCCAGCACCGAAGACAGCAGGAAGCUGGAAGUCCUUCUUCAGAAACAUCCAAGGGGGAGAGCUACAGUUCCACACCAGAACAGCACUUAGACUGGAUUGCACAAAACGAGGUUGUCUCGUCACGGUGUCAUACCAAAAUGGAGGUGGCAAUUCUCCAGAAGAUGCUUUCAAUAGCAGUAGAAGUGGAUGCAUCUCCAAACUGCAGUGCCAAUAAGAUUGCAGAUUGGAUAUUUUCAUUAUUGUUGAGUAUUCCUAAGCGCUCUCAGAGGGAAGCUUUUCUGGCCAGUAUAGAAUGUGAUCUCCUGCGAUGCAAAGUCCUGGAGCUCAUUUUCCAGCACAGCUCAGCACCCACUGCACUGCCCUUAUCUUUGACUAAGAUCCUACAUUUUCUGGAGACUUUUUCUGUGCAGCUGAAAUACCAGGACAAUGAAGCAACGUGGCAGCGAUGGGAUGAAAUGCUCCACCACUUGAGUUUAUUGUUCUUGAGCUAUCGCAACAUAGUUUUAGGGCACUUACGAAUCUCUGUUCGUGACCGGAUUCCUUUAAUUUCAAAGGCUGUUAAACCCAAGCUACAGCGAGAAGAUUAUAUUGAAGAAUAUGAUAUUAGGUGCAAAGUUCAAAGCUUCCAGAAACACGUCUCUAAAAUCUUGGGGCAGCCAAUUCCCUCACCCAUCCUGGAAAAGAUCGAGCUACUCCAAGUAUUGUUCCUCACUGCUAUGAAUAUCUAAGAGGACUACUGAUGAGCUAAAAAGAUAGACCUCUUCCAAACAGAAAAAGCUAAGCAAUGACUCUUUGAAUAGAAUUUUUAAACUGAACAUAAAAUCCCUAUCUCUGCAUUCCAGUCAUGCUUUGUACUAGCAGUUGAACAUGUUAAUUUUAGACCCAAUGGUUACAUUUGUUGGUCUAUACUUGUUUCCAUGUGAGUUUUAUAUAGCUUUUGUAAUAAAUUAUUUUACCAGCUGGA